GAGCGGAGGGGAGGUGCGCGGCGCGGGCGGCUUUGAAAGAGAAUGGCGGCGCUCCCGGUGGAAGACAGCUCUCUCCCGUUGACGGAGGCGUCUCCUGGCAGCCCGGGGCCCGGAGACGGAGAGGAAGCGGGGUCCGAGGAGCUGCCCAUGGUGUUCCUGUGUGCUGGGUGCAAGCGGCCCGUAGGAGACACUCUCGGCUGGGAGUUCAACGACGAGGACACCAACUGCAUCUUGUUGAAGAAUGUUACGCACAAUGUUUCAGUGGACAAGGAACAAAAACUUUCAAGCCGAGCAGGCGAAUAUGGCUGCAUGCUUGAAACCUUGCUUUGCACUGGGUGCAACAUGACCCUUGGAAGCAUUUACAGAUGCACUCCGAUACAUCUGGAUUAUAAACGAGAUUUAUUUUGCUUAAAUGUUGACUCUCUUGAAAGUUAUACUCUAGGGUCCUCGGAACAAAAAGCUGAAAUUGAUGAAGAGCCUCUAACGCUUGAAAGUCGAGCUAGUUUAGAAGAGUCACUAGGAAGGGCAGAAACGAUUUUGAAGGCAUUGGAGCAACGAUUAUCUGUAGUUGAAUCAAGCUUUGCAUCUCUUCACAACAUUGGCUGAAUAAUUAUUAUUGAUAUUACUAAUAAUAUUGACACUUGAGCUUGAAGUAUGUUGAAUCACUGCUGGAGUUGUCUGGUUAAAAACAAGUGUUUCCCAGUGUCCUAGAAGUUGAAAAUGCAGACACCUGAGGAAAGAGAAUACUUAUGGAAAGCCAGACAUCCUUUGGAAAUUCUAGUCAUGAAUGUUGCUU